UCUGUCUCUUCAGGAACUUUAAUAAGGACAUGUUUUUCUUACCAGCUCCUGGCUGUGUGUUAGAAGCCAUACCAUAUCCAGCCCCUGGAGAGCAGACAGCAGAACAGGGCUGUGGUCUCUGUUUUUUUGGACAUCUCAUUCCUUAGUACCUGUGUUCUUAAAACAGAGGGAGAGUGGGCAAAAAAGAAAUUGUGGUUCUCGUGGUGGCUCUCACACCUGACAGAAAGCUUAACCGGUUUCUGAACUGGUUGCGUAGGCUGAAACUGGCUACCAGAUCAAUACCUCCCUUUUUCUUCCUGCCAAGGCAUUAGCUGCUUCAGGAACAACUUAAUUUGUUUAGACAGGGAGGGGCUGCCUUUAGCAAAGACAUGCACUGGCCAAGUGUGAAAUUGUACCACAUGGGAGUAGAGGAAGAGUUAUCCUCAGUUUCUCAAGUGCUAGAGUGGACUGAGAAUGCUUUGGGGAGAUGUGGCUUACAGAAAAUAGGGUCAAGAAGUAUUAAGGGCUGAGAGAAGCCACUAAUCGCAUGAACCAGAGAGGUGCAGAUCACAUCCAGCACACUCACAUGCAGGGCUCUCCCUUACGCAUAAAUCCUCAGGGCAGAUCUGUCAGCAGCCAAACUCCCACCAAAGCCCAUGGACCUUUUUGGUUGCAGAUCCAGCUUUCCAGCUCUUCAAUUUUUGUGCCAUUGUUCCUGUUUAUAUUCUGAGCACAGAAUUAAUGGGACAGGCUACAAUCUUUUCUCUGUUCAUCGGGGUGAAUGCAGCCCAGCACUGACACCUUGGCCCAGGGCGGACAGCAAACACCUGGGCCCAGGGCAUGUCCCCAGAGACGGCAGCAGGCAGGGCCAGUAAUGGUCCUAUCACUUACUCCAAACAGGGACAAGAGACUUGUCAUGGACUACACUCUGGAGACCAGCCAGCAGAAGGAGAAGCUUCUGAAAGCCAUCUACACCCUCCAGCUGAAGUCAAUCGCCACGUUUCAGACAGCAAGCCCUCUGCUGAGCAGCCAGCAGGGCAUGGGCAUGGUGACACACCACCACGUCCACCAGCUGGCAGACAAGACCAAAAGCUUGUGUAGAGACCUGGACAACAUCAAGAACCUCCUCCACUACUGCCAGGACGACCUGGUCCGGCAGAUCCCCAACCCCACAGGCAGCCGCUAUGGGGGAGUAAGUGGAAUCCAUUGCUCCCUGGAGGGCUCCAUCUACGUGACAGCCGAGACUGCUCCCUGGGUCCAUGUCCUCAGCAGCACAGGCCAAACGCUGCAGGCCCUGCCCUGCCGGCAAACAGGGAUGGAAAGCGGCACUUUCCUGCCAGAGGACGUGACUGUGACUCGGACAGGAAUGGUGGCUGUAGCCGAUAUGAUAAACGGAGCUGUCUGGGUCUUCAACCCUCACACCAGCCCCUCCAAGGGGGAAUGGGUAAAAAUCAGAAAGGUUGGUUCCCCCAGGGGCAUUGGAGUAGACUCCACGGGCAAGAUCUUAGUAGCAGACUAUGCCCAAGGCCAAGUCCACAGCUUUGCGCUGGACCGUGCCUUCAAGACAUCGAACAUCCACUCAGUCCCCAACCUGCAGGGACCUCGCUACGUCAGUCCAGCACCCAGUGGAGGCUUUGUGAUAAGUGAGGAGUGUGGAGACGUCAAGGUGUUCACAAGCAGCCGUCAGCUCGUCUGCUCCCUCAGCAGCAAAUACGGACACCAGUUCGGCAACCCAGCAGGGGUGUGUGUUGACGUGGAAGGGAGCAUUGUGGUGGCAGACGAGCAGCGCCGCACAGUCCACUUGUUCCCGGAGAGCGGGGCUCCUGUCUGCUUGGUGUCCACUGGGCUGAGGAGACCUGCCGGCGUGGCCUGCUCCUCCUUUGGGCACCUCUUUGUGGCAGACACAGGGGAGAACUGUGUCAAAGUCUUUAAGUACCAUGUGAGGCCCCGCCAGCCCUUGGGCACUUUGUGACAACCCCAGCCUAACGCCCAGGCAGGGAGUGAGGCCGGUGCCACCGCAAC